GAUAUUCUAAUAUGAGGACCUUGACUGAUUGCAUCAAUAGAGUUACAGAGCAGGGCGGCUCUAAUCUCUAAUAAUUCUGCGUACAGCAAAGUGCGACACACCGUCUGCUCCCUCCAUUUAGUAUACACUAGCCUGCAGUCGCUGCAACAUACUGUGUAGGCAGCCUAUGAGGCGACAACUUCCCGCCACAAACCUGCAGUGCCGCCUGGCAUUCUGGGAGGCCGCUGUGCGCUGAGAGGAGGCGGGUGGGCGGAGCUUCAUCUGUCAUUCCUCAGAGAUCCGCGCAGUGUUGUGGCGUCGUUAUUAUUAGGAGACUCGUCCGCCAUUGUGUCCUGUGUGCGCGGAGCAGUGAAAGACAUCAUGCGGAGACAUACACUGGAUGACUUUGGAGCCAUGAAUGAUGAAUGUUCAGAUAUUCUAAAUUGCAAAUCCAAUAUUGGGACUCAGAAUGAAGCUGCUUUGCUUGCUUUGAUGGAAAAGACUGGAUACAGUAUGGUACAAGAGAAUGGACAGCGCAAGUUUGGUGGCCCUCCUCCAGGUUGGGAAGGUCCUCCUCCACCACGGGGCUGUGAAGUGUUUGUCGGAAAAAUUCCCCGUGACAUGUAUGAAGACGAGCUUGUACCAGUAUUUGAACGAGCUGGAAAAAUCUAUGAAUUUAGGUUAAUGAUGGAAUUUAGUGGGGAGAACAGAGGUUAUGCCUUUGUUAUGUAUACAAGUAAAGAUGAUGCCUUGCUAGCUAUUCGAAUGCUUAAUAAUUAUGAGAUCCGCCCCGGCAAGUUCAUUGGAGUCUGUGUUAGUUUAGACAAUUGCAGGCUCUUCAUUGGUGGCAUUCCAAAGGAAAAGAAGAAGGAGGACAUUAUGGAUGAAAUGAAGAAAGUUGCAGAAGGAGUAGUAGAUGUCAUUGUAUACCCCAGUGCAACUGACAAAACUAAAAACAGAGGCUUUGCAUUUGUAGAAUUUGAAACUCACAGAGCAGCUGCAAUGGCCAGAAGGAAACUGAUUCCAGGAACUUUCCAGUUAUGGGGCAAUACUAUUCAAGUUGACUGGGCAGAUCCAGAGAAAGAAGUUGAUGAAGAAACAAUGCAGAGAGUGAAAGUGUUGUAUGUGAGGAAUCUGAUGAUUUCCACAACAGAAGAAACUAUUAAAGCAGAAUUUAACAAAUUCAAGCCUGGAUCAGUUGACCGUGUAAAAAAAUUGCGGGACUAUGCAUUUGUUCAUUUUUAUCAAAGAGAAGAUGCUGUGACAGCUAUGUCUGUAAUGAAUGGCAGAUGCAUUGAUGGAGCCAACAUUGAAGUCACCUUGGCUAAACCAGUAAAUAAGGAAGCUAACUUUAAACAGCAUUUGAAUGGGCAAAUGGGUUCCAGUGCAGAAAACUCGCAUUCUUUGGUAAAUUAUGGAGAAGGAUGCCAAAAAUCUUAUUCAAGAUAUUCAAGUUCUCCUUCAGUUCUUAGUGGUCAAUGCAGUCCAACCCCUUCAGAGCCUGAAAGGUGCACAUACCCUUUCUACCCUGGAACAAAGCUUGCGCCAAUAAACACGUAUUCCUUGAAGCCUCAUCAGUUUUACUCUGCUGUCAUACAUUUAGAAUAUUAUUGUUACAAAAAUAAUAUGGCCAUUCCAGAAUUCUAUUUGUAUUCAACUACCAGCCAGGAUGGAAAAGUUCUUCUGAUCUAUAAGGUUGUUCUUCCUUCUGUUGGAAAUUCCUCCCACCGCUACUUCAUGCCUGACAAGUUGUGCGCAUUUGCGGAAGAUGCCAAAGAAUUAGCAGCACAAUUUACGUUGAUGCAUUUAGGCUACAGCUUUCAUCACAACUUUCUGACUUCUGGGAGUGAUGGACAGCCACCUUUAUCGCCAAAUGUGAAGUUUACAUCCAGGCCUUCUAACUCUAGUCAUUUGUUGUCACCGUCAUUUUCCGUUGCAAAUGGAAACCACAUGGAGCAAAGAUUUCUUUUCCCUAGUCCAUCUUAUUUCUAAAUCAGUAUUGCAUUUCUGAACUUUUUCAGUGUUUCUGUUAGCAUAAUUUAUUGUUAGGUUUUUAAUUAGUUUUCAUCAUUGCUUUAGCUUAAAAUGAUCAUAUUUACACUGUUAUUCUUAAAUGAAAACUUACAGCGGGUUCAUCCGCACUAAACCCAAUACAUGGGGUUAUAGUGCAGGUGAACUACAAUAUAAUGAAUCUGUUACAACACAAUCCUUCCUUAUCCACCAAGGAUUUUUAAAUCUGGGGAUCUUGAAAUAUGAAUUAAAGGGAAAUUGACAGCAGGUU